CAAAGAACGGAGUGGCAUGCAUUUCGGCUCUCGGUCACCCUCCUCCCUCUUUCGUGGACAUUUGCCGACACACGGCUGGAGACAGGGACCUCGUCAACGCCAUCCAUUGAUAAAAAAAGGAGAGAUUUUUCUCUCUCCUACAGCUUGCAAUCGCGUUGUUGCCUUCCUGUAACUCUCCCCUUUCUCCUCACCGAGGUCUUUUUAUGCUGCUCGAUCCCCCAAUCGCCUUUUUUCUCUUCUCUAACUGACAGAUUUCUAGCCCAUUCCCAGGUUGAACUUGCAAGCACCAAAAAUGUGUGAAGUCAUGUCUGGACCAGUUAACCAGUUCCACAAACAUGGUCUUGAUACUAUCUCCGAGGAUGAAAGGAAAACCAAGAUUGAAUCACUAAAGAAGAAGGCAUACAAUGCAUCCUCAAAGUUCAGGAAUUCUUUGACAAAAAGGGGCAGGAGAAGUAGCAAAGUCAUGUCUGUCUCCAUUGAGGAUGUGCGUGAUGCCGAGGAAUUGAAGGCCGUUGAUGCCUUCCGUCAGAUUCUAAUUUUGGAAGAGAUGCUACCCUCUAAGCAUGAUGAUUAUCAUAUGAUGCUCAGAUUUCUCAAGGCCAGAAAAUUUGACAUUGAGAAAACAAAGCAAAUGUGGGCAGAUAUGCUUAAGUGGAGGAAGGAAUUUGGAGCUGACACAAUUUUAGAGGAUUUUGAAUUCAAGGAACUUGAUCAAGUCUUAGAAUACUAUCCACAAGGUCAUCAUGGGGUAGAUAAGGAUGGCAGACCUGUCUAUAUUGAAAGGUUGGGUCAAGUUGAUCCCAACAAGCUGAUGCAAGUCACAACCAUGGAUCGAUAUCUUAAAUACCAUGUAAAAGAGUUCGAGAGGACUUUUGCUGUCAAGUUUCCAGCUUGUUCAGUUGCGGCAAAACAACACAUAGACCAGAGCACUACCAUCAUUGAUGUUCAGGGAGUGGGUGUUAAACAAUUCAGUAAGGCUGCAAGAGAACUAAUAGGAUGUCUUCAAAAAAUUGACGGCGACAAUUAUCCUGAGACCCUGUGCCGCAUGUUUAUCAUCAAUGCAGGCCAGGGAUUCAGACUGCUUUGGAGUACUAUAAAGUCCUUUCUUGAUCCCAAAACCACUGCCAAGAUCCAUGUUUUAGGAAACAAGUACCAAAGUAAGCUGCUAGAAGUAAUUGAUGCCAGUGAAUUGCCGGAGUUCCUUGGUGGCACUUGCAAAUGUGAAGGUGGAUGUCUUCGAUCGGAUAAAGGGCCGUGGAAGGAUACUGAAAUCUUGAAGAUUGUUCAAAAUGGCACUGGAAGUUGUGAAUUGCAACAUCUUACAUCUGGAGCUGAGGAAAAAACCAUUUCUGAAGAAGAAGUAUUCUAUCCUAAGAAGCAAGAUUCCUGCUAUCCCAAAGCUCAUUUAACAGUAGAUAAGUGUUCUAUUUCUCCGAGUCCCCCAAGGAGUACUAUUGAGCAUCCACACAUGUCACCUAUACGGGAAGUUGACAGUUCCAAAUGGCAGAUUUCUCGUGAAAAAUUCCCUGAACCUUGUUCUUAUGGUGGUUUUGUUCCAAUUGUGGACAAGGCUGUGGAUGCUAACUGGAACAAAAAGUUUGACGUCCCUAAAGAUUCAUAUGCUGUCUCUGAAGUUUACAAUGGUCCUGAUGGAUUUAGUAAUGGGAUUCUUUCUGGGGCCAUGGCUAUUGUCAUGGGGGUUUUCACUAUGGUCCGUGUUGGUCGGAAUAUAACAAGGAAGAUUGUUAAUGCAGACAUUGACUCCAGUUCUGGCAAAAGGCACCAGAGGCAGCUGACGGCACCGACUGUCACAGCGGUUGAAUACUCAUGCGUAUUGAAACGCCUGGAUGAGCUGGAAGAGAAGGUAACUGUUCUUGACAAUAAGCCCACUGAGAUGCCACCUGAGAAGGAAGAGAUACUAAAUUCUGCCGUCAAGCGUGUGGAUAUUUUGGAGGCAGAGCUUGCCGCAACAAAGAAGGCUCUUGAGGAUGCUCUAGAGAAACAGAAGGAGCUUCUUGCUUAUGUCGAGAAGAGAAAGAAGAGGAAGAAGAUGUUGAAUCCAUUUUGCUGGGGCAAGUGAGGAAGAGAGAAACUCAGAUCUCACUAAAACAAAGCGCGAGUCUGGAAAUAUUGUCAGCUUCUUUGAGUGUUGUGUUUGUAAGACUGAUUCAAAGUCUGGGUUCAAUAUCUAAAUCAUGACCUUUUUGUUUCAUAUCAUCCCAAAGGAAUAUUGAUUGUUGCAAUGUGAAUACUUACUUGUAAACCAAACAAAGGCACUAUUUGCUUCUGUUUUCAACAAGUAACAGUGGUUUAAAUAUCAGUGACUUUUUUUAUUC